GUCGCAAACAACGUGGUUGACGACAUUUGCGACAACGACGACCACGCUACGACGAAACGACAAGAUGGCGAGCGCAAAGCAGCAAGAGAAUAUGCUGCUUACUGAGCACUUUACUUGGCCUCCUAUUUCCCUAAUCGACGACAUAAUAAACGCCAUAAACGAAGUCCUCUACCGCUGCACCGACUCCUUCGAAACCGGUCUCUCCUCCGCCGACCCCUCCCUCCUCGGUUUCGCCGACCUCUACGCCUCACAAAACCGCACGCCACAGAAAGACGAAGACGGAAACGAUGUAUACCCAGAAGCACGAUUGGAAAUUGAGGAGGGAGUGCUGAAGCUAGAGACGCUCAUGGAGAAUGCCGUGGACAAGAACUUUGAUAAAUUGGAGAUUUGGACGCUGAGGAAUGUUUUUGCGUUGGGGAGGGGGAAGGGGCAGGAUGAGGGGCUGGCGGAGUGGGUAAGGUUGGGGCAUUAUGAGAACCUCGAACCCCCCUCCAAAAACUCAACCCUCACCCCAGAAUCCCUCUACACUCUCCGCCGCAAACUCAUCGAAACGCAAAAACUAAACGCCGCUCUCCUCGCCGAGAAAACCCGUAACGAGACGCAAAUAGCACGGUUACGCGCCCUUCUCACGCCAUCUACCUUGCCGAAACGCGAAUCCCUUACUUCGACAUCAGGAAAUGACAAGCAGGAGGGACAAGCAGCGCCCUUCGCCUUCUUAACGCACGCGCCUGCUGCGAAGGAAAUAGGCAUCCAAUCUCUACCUCACCAACAACCGAGUACCGCGAACGGGGAGAAGAAUGCAGAGAAACCCAACAACGACACAAAACACACGCCCCUAACAACACACACAUCCUUCACCACGACUCAACUACCCUACCUGCGCCAACUCCUCGCGAGUUUGCAACCACAUCUCGCCAAUACCGCACUACCUAGCAACACCACACCCCACAAUUCACACUCACACGCGCACGCUCAACAGCAGCCAAAAGAUAAAGAAGAAUUAACCCGCGAACGCAAGAUUUACGUUGAGAGUCAGAGUAAACGCGUACUGGAAAGACGGGGCGUGGAUACUAAGGAUGGCGUGGAGGGUGUUUGGGAGGGUGGGAGUAGGGUGGGGAGUGAGGAGGUUAGGGGGUUGGAGGGUUUGGUUGAGGGGAUGGGUAGAACAGGGGAAAGCAGGGCUGGUGGUGAAGGAAGGGGAGGGCGGAGGGAAGAGGAAGAGGGGCUUGAGGGGAUACAAGAAGGGGACGAGGACGAAGAGGAGGAUCCUAUGGAUACAAGUUGA